AUGGAUAAACAUGACAUUGGUCACUUAAAAAUUAUUACUGCAGAUGAGCUAGAGGCCAAUGAUGGGACCGAUGGCAACCGUUUGUGGAUUUGCAUUAAGAACAUAGUGUAUGACGUUACUGACUUCCAUGAACACCCAGGCGGAAUGGAAGAGUUUAUUAAUGUGGGAGGUAAAGAUGCAACGGAAAAUUUUGAGGAGGUGGGUCACUCGGCAACAGCAGUCGACUUGAUGUCAGAAUAUGUAGUGGGCAGACUGGCCAUAGAAAAUGAUAAAAAUUAA